AUUUUCAAAAACGAUUCAAGCACAAUUUUUUGGUCACAUUCAUGUGGACAGUUUUACAGUAUUCUAUGAAAAUAUGAAUGAUGAUUCAUCGAAACCAAUUAGCGUACUUUAUGCAGCACCAAGUGUGACAACAUUCAAAUAUCUUAAUCCAGCAUUUCGAAUUUAUGAAAUCGAACCUGGCAUGAAUUAUCGUGUAGUUAACUUUCAUACUUAUUUUCUGAAUCUAACACAAAUUGAAAUGAAUACUACUCCACCAGCAUGGGAAUUGUUAUAUUCAGCAAAGGAGGAAUAUGGCUUAAAUGAUUUGAGUCCAACAAGUUGGGAUCUUUUAAUCAACAGAAUCAUUUAUGAAAAAUCAACCUAUAAUAGAUUUAUCAGAAAUAGUGUUCGCCGCGAUAAUUUCAUAUGUGAGGGAAAAUGUCGUUAUUAUUCGAUUUGUUUUUUACGUAAAGGUCAUCAUAAUACGACAUUAUGCAAUCAUCUUCCAUCCGAUGAUGGUAAAAUUAAACGAAAUCCGUAUAAAUUAUCCGAAAUUGUUGGUAAUAUUGGUAAAAUGAAGCCUACCGUAACCAAAAAAAGACAACAAUAUACCGAAACUGUAAUGCUAUUAAAGAAGAAAUUACGAUCAUUUAUCAUGAAAAGAUUUCUUCAAUUAUUUCUAUUUUCUACAAAUGCAAUGGAUGAAUAA